GCAAUGCCUUCCGACAUCUCCUUCGUCAACGCACACCUCGUCGGCCUCCUCGCGAACACCUUCGCAACCGGAUUUUACGUGGCCUACGUGCCCCAAUCCGUCUCCAUUCUCUGGAGCAAAUGGCGCGCCGGGCUGUCGGGCUGGCUCCCAUUCGCGUGUGGCAUCAUCUUCGUCCUCGCUCUCGCCGACUGGUGGUCGGAGCUCGUCCUGGGCUACAACGCCUUCGGGCUCCGGGACGGCGAGCAGCUCGCGAACCCCGCCAAGGCGCUCGCCAACAUCUCCGCCCCCGUCACGCUCACCAAGGGCGUCUUCACCGCGAUGCUCGCCAUGUUCUCGGACCUCAUCAUCGUCUACCGCGCGCUCAUCGUGUGGAACUACAACCUGUACGUCGCCUUCGUCGCGAUCGGCUUGCUCCUCGCGUCCUACGCCCUCGGCAUCUGGUCGGUGUGGACCCAGUUCCAGACGGGGAUCAGGACGGUGGGCGUGCUCGUGGCGGAGGUGUCCGUGCGCGUCAAGUACUUCUUCAUCGUCACCUUCGUGCUCAACGCGCUCUGCGCCGGCCUGAUCGCGUACAAGAUCUGGUCCGUCACGCGCAUGACCGGCAAGCACAUCCGCGACGAGAGCCCCGUGUCGCGGAUCAUGGAGAUCGUCAUCGAGAGCGCCGCGCUCUACUGCGCGAACCUGCUCGCGCUCAUCGUCUCGAACAUCGUCGCCUCGAACGUCUUCUUCAUCUUCCUCCAGCCGGUGCGUCCCCCGCCUCGCCUGCGCCUCUGCGUCUCCCGCGCUGACCUCCUCCCCGUCCCCGCCCCGCAGCUCCCAGCGGUCAACGUGAGCCCCGCUCGCUCCUCGCCCUCCCCUCCACGCUGA